ACUGGUCCUUGUUGGAACAACCAGGAAAUCAAGACGUUCCUAGCUCAGAAGGUUGCUGUUUCCUUGAACUCUUCUCCUAUGAUGGAUUCCAAUCAGCAGCUACUUAACAACUGUUACCAACCUAGCCAACGCCGGCGUUCAUCCACUGGGGUUAGAGUAAAGCAUGCAGAUGAUGUAUCAGAGGAAGAAUGGAGGAAGAGAGUGUCUCCAGGAGAAGAGCAACCUAACCGUCAAGUCAGGAAGAUUUCUUCCCUCAUAUCCUCUUUUGUAGGCAAAACAUCACAGGUGGAACCGAAGAAAACCAGCAUACCCUCGUGUGAACAAGCUACUGACAAACAGUCUAAGAACAUUCUUACGUCAGGAUUCCAAAGUCUGAAGUCAAAGAUAAUCAAGGAAGAAUCUACCGCUGUUGUGACUCAGCCAGAAACUGUUAAACAAGAAAUACAGAGGCCAGGUACCACAAAGGGCAGAAUCUUACCCACUGUACCGACUACUGCUCAAGCGACUCCCCCCUCAACACAAUCUCAUACAACUACACAGAAACCUAGACUUUCACGUCAGACUACCAUGGCACAACAAGCAGCCCCGCCGCCAUCACCGCCCACUGCCACAGUGCCUUUAGGAUCAAAAGAAUCUUUUAUUAAACCGUUACCACCCGGACAACUCGCAACUGAUAAGCCAGUGGACGUCCCAUUAGAGCAGCCAUCUGAACAGCCACAGGCCGGCUUCAUGAACUUUCUGAAAUCAGCAGUAGGCAUAGAGGAAACCAAGCCAGAUCCCCAGAAAUCUUCUCAGACAUCUCUCAACCAGCAAAACAAAACUGGCAGCACUGCUUCAUUACCAGAGGCUACAGGAGUUUCAAAUCUAUUUGGAUCAAUAAGCAGCUUGUUUAGUCCUGAACCAUCUACACCACAAAAGCAGCAAAUGAAACCCAGUGUUACUGAGAGUUCACUGGCAUCAGCAGCUAAACCUAGGGGUAUACAGAGACAAAGAACUAUGGACCAAAGUGGAACCUCCCGCCCACAGACUCACCCUCCAAACAAAAGUAUUUCCCAAGUAUUUCCUCCCAAUUCUUCUGCAGGCCCUGCUACAAGCCAGUCGGUUACAAUACCUCCUUCAGAAAAGAGAAAAGAAGAAGCAGCAACUAAACCAUCCGGUGGGCUAUUUGGGUUUUCAAUUGGAGAAAUGCUGACAGGAGCAACAGCAGCUGGACCAACACCUCAAACACCUGCAUCAGCUACAGCUCCACAAGAAGAAUCACUUGGUAAAAGUAUAUUAUCAAUGUUUAGUGGACCAAAUCCUCCACAGGCUGCAUCUAAAACUGGGUCUGUGCCUCAACCACAUCCUCCAAGUGCAGCUCCACAACCUCCCCAACAGGAAUCACUUGGUCAAAGUUUAUUAACAAUGUUUGGAGGAUCAAGUCCUCUACAAACGCCUCCUCAAACCAAGCCUACCCCUGAGACACCUCAACAGGGAGCUGCUCCUCCAAAAGAGCCCCCAUCUGCAGGAUUCCUUUCCAUGUUCAGUGGUUCCAACACCCAACAGUCUACAGCCCAGACAGGAUCUAUUCUAGGAGGAAUCUUGUCUGGUUCAUCAAGUUCAACUGAAAGCCCAAUGAAGGGAUUGUUCUCAAUAUUUAACGAACCCAGUCCUUCACAGAAUCACCCAGCAACAAUGGCAUCUCAGCAAAGAGCACCUCAAUCACAAAGUCAACAUGGUGAACCUCAGACACAAUCCAAACCACAAGUGCAACCUCAAGCACAAGGGCAGUCAGCCACUUCUGUUCUCGGUGGAAUGUUGAGUGGAUUGUCUAGCUCUAAUGAGAGUCCAAGAAAAUCUUUGUUCUCCAUGUUUGGCAGCCCAAGUACUCCUCAAACACCAGGAGCUGGUGGAAGUGCAAACAUGUCUUCUACACCAGGAACUGCAGCAACUAAAGUACAAAAUUCAAAGUCAUCAUCUGCUAUUGUCACUGGUACUAAUGAGCCAAACACUGUUAAUCUACAAUGUUCUACCCAAAUGUCAUCUGCUUCCAGUAGCCAUGUGCCAGUGUCAAAAACUAUCAGUCAAAUAUCAACUGAAAAGAGCAAUGCUAGUGCUAAACUAUCCACAGAUAGCACUGCAGAUUCCACAGUGGAUACUACAAUCAAAGACACUGAUAUUGCAUCUGUGCAACCAACUUCAGAAAGUGUCACUGUGCAAAAGGAAACAAGCACAGAAAGCGCAACCCAGGAUCCUGCUCCCCCUAAAGAACCACCAGCCUCUGGUCUGUUGUCUAUGUCGGGUGGAUCUGGCCCACAAGCACCAUCCUUACAAACUGGAUUACUUUCUGAUGGUCCAGGAAAAAGUAUACUUUCAUUAUUUUCUGGGCCCAGCACUGAGCCUGGUCCUCGGGAGACAGGUCCUACAACUACUGCACCAGGGUCUGUACCCAAGGACCCACCAGCCAAAGGUUUGUUAUCUUCAGUUGGAGGUUCAGCCCCUCAGCCCUCUCCACAGACUGGAAGUUCUUUACUUGGAGCAAUGUUUGGAGGCUCUGCACCCCAAACGCCUGCUUCUCAAACUGGAGGAUCGUUACUCGGUGCUUUAUUUGGAGGAUCUGCACCUCAGAUCGACCCCAGUAAGACUGGAGGCUCUGCUCCUCAGGCAGGAACGUCCUUACUUGGUGGCUUAUUUGGCGGAUCUGCACCUCAGAUUGACCCCAGUAAGACUGGAGGCUCUGCUCCUCAGGCAGGAACGUCCUUACUUGGUGGAUUAUUUGGCGGAUCUGCACCUCAGAUUGACCCCAGUAAGACUGGAGGCUCUGCACCUCAGGCAGGAGCAUCCUUACUUGGUGGCUUAUUUGGCGGAUCUGCUCCCCAAGCUGUUGGAUCUCAGACAGCAGGGUCUGUGUUGGGAGGGAUUUUUGGAGUAUCUGCAGCUUCAACUGCAACAUCUCAGAAUAGUGGGUCCUUCAGUGGACUCUUUGGAAGGGCCACCACCCAAAAUUCAACAACCCCAAAUAGCAGCUCAUUAUUGGGAGGUAUUUUGGGGGGUUCAUCUUCUCAAACCACCACUGUGCCUGCUGGUACAUCUCCUCUCGGUGGUGUUUUACCCGGAGCUUCUGUUCCGAAUGAGAUACCUGGUAAAAGUCUGCUUUCAGGCUUUGGAGGAUCGGCUCCACCUGCAACACCCACUGCAACAGCUACACCAACAUCUAGUGAUGACAAGAAAAUAUUAACCACAGCUCUUGCUGAUACUACUUCAAGUGUAACUGCUCUACCAACGACCACUGAUGACACUGCUUCAGCUACUACUGAAACAUCUGCAAUUGAUACUACUACCAAAAGCAGAGAACAGGUAGAAACACAACAGCAACCUGAUGGUACAGCCCUGUGUCUCGAGGCAAGCUUUUCCAAAACCAAACUCACAGAAGAAGGUAAUUGCCAAGAUGCUAUUAAGCUAACUGCUCUCGCUGAAACUACUCAACAUAAAGAAUCUGAAAUUUGUGCACCAGCACAACAAGUUGAGAGACCAGAGGAUGUGAGUGGUCCAUCAGCUCAAGAUUCAAUUCCACCUAAAAUAGAAGAGGAAACACCAGCCACUCAAUCAGCAAGUUCUGUGGUUCAGGGACAACAGACGCUUCCAGAGCCAGAGAAAUCUGUUGCUGACUCAUCAGCGGAUAAAGUUACAGAUUUUAUGUCCUCUCUGUUCAAACCAGCAACUGCAGCUCCUGAAGGUAAUCAGCAACAGAACAAGAGCUCCUUCUUUGGACUAGGAGGAACAACACCUCAAGCUGGUACUGGUCAGACUGGACCAUCAAUUUUAGGGGGUAUUUUCGGAGGUUCAAACACCCAGACAGCAGCUCCACAGACAGGGGGAUCAUUACUGGGAGGUCUAUUCAAAGGGUCUGCUCCUCAGUCUGGUCCACAAACACCCCCCCCUACUACAGGAGGCUCGGUAUUAGGUGGGAUGUUUGGAGUAGGAUCCUCUGCCAAGUCUGCAGGCCCUCAGACUGGUGGAUCUUUAUUAGGUGGCAUGUUUGGCGGAUCUGCAGCAACAGCACAGCCAGGUGGUUCUUUACUUGGAGGAAUGUUUGGAGGAGUCACUGCUCAAACUGCAGGAUCACAGACUGGAGCCUCAAUUCUUGGGGGCAUAGGGGGAUCUUUAUUUGGUGGUAUGGCACAACCACCCAAGCCAUCUGAGCCGAUGCCAGCUGAGCCCAAGUCAACAUCUAGCACUACUCCACAACCACAGAUUAAGAAUGAAAGUGUCAUACAAAAAGUUCCAUCUGCUACUGACACUGGUACAAAUAAAGCGGUGGACUCAACUUUACCAGAAAAUGAUCAAGUUAAAUCUGGCAGCCUAACAAAUAGUAGUGGUGUGGCAUCUGAGGCAGCUUGUCCGGAAACCGCUGCUGUUUCAAGUGCUUUAAUAAGCAGUACAUGUGACCUCACCAGUCAGCUGGAUAACACCACAAAAGAAAUGGCACCUGUUGAUGGAGAGGUGAUACAUGAGAAGCCCAUGGUCAUUAAGGGAGACCCUGAGAGUAACGAAAGUGAAAAAUCAGCCCCACCUAACACCCAACAAGGAGAUAUAGCACCUCAACCUACUCAGUUGCCCAAUAAAACAGAGCCACCCCAGGCCAAGUCUCUGUUUGGGUUUAUAUCAGCUCAAAGUGACGCGGGGAAAUCUCUUGGAUCCUUAUUUUCACCUGCAAUGUCAACAGGUGCUCCAUCAGGGGCUCAAACAGAAGCAGGGAGUGGUCUAUUUUCAGGAUUUAAAAACCUUUCUGGCAGUUUGUUCCAAGAGGAAAAGCCUGUUGCUGGUAAACAAGAGCCACCCAGCACUUCAUUAUUUGGGACCAAAAUAAGUUUUCCCUGGCAGGCAGAGCCACCCAAGCCACAAGCUCUUCCAGUUGUAACAUCUCAACCCAAAACUAUCAACACAGCAACAAGUGGUCAAACGCCCACUGUACAAAAGGUUGCAACCUCUGAUGCCCAGAAACCUAAAUUGGUAGGUUCCAACGAUGAAGUAGAAACCCCCCAGAUCUGCAUCUCCACUCCUGAAGUAGAUCCUUCAGCAUCCCUGACCCCAGAGGAGAAGGACAGGCUUGUAGAAACAACCCCCUCUGCAGGUCCUACCUCUGGAAUGCAGCUGGACAACCAGUUCAAGAAGGAUCUGUUGAAUGCAAAAAGUCCAGUGGAAAGUAGUCGUUUUGGGUCAUCAGGAAACCUGAGCCAGACCAGCUCCCAGCUUAGUGGCCACGAGAGCACCGGAGGGUCAGAACUGGAGGAGUCCUUCCAUUCCUUCCACAGCACCGGCUUUCACCCCUCCUCCAAUGGACAGCCACGCACUAACGGACACGCUCCCACCAAUGGACACUCUCCGGCUGGCGAGCAGGAGAUUCAUCGGCUGACUCCGGAAUCAGGACGAAGCCUGACAAAUGGCACCCCAGUGGAGAGAGCAUCGUCUAAACUCCAAAGGUUCCAAGAUGAUGGACCACCGUUACCGUUUUCCCCAUCUAGAGUUCAUUGGUUGAAGGCCAUCAAUAAAGUCAGGGUUCAGCUCCGGGAGGUUCGAGAUGAAGAAUCCAAUCCGAGACAGGCCUGGGUCAAACCGGGUGGCGGUCCUGGUCUGUAUGGAAUCGACAGUAUGCCAGACCUGCGUAAAAAGAAGCCGAUCCCCUUGGUCAGCGACGUGGCUAUGUCGCUCGUCCAAGCCAGGAAGGCGGGGAUCGCAUCUUCUAUGGCUGCACGGUCCUCGUUCAAGGACGAGGAGCUGAAAUCCCAUGUGUACAAGAAGACGCUGCAGGCUCUCAUCUACCCCAUAUCUUGCACGACCCCGCAUAACUUUGAAGUGUGGACUGCCACCACCCCAACAUACUGCUACGAGUGUGAGGGGUUGUUGUGGGGGAUCGCCCGCCAAGGCAUGCGUUGCUCCGAGUGCGGUGUCAAGUGCCACGAGAAGUGCCAAGAGCUGCUGAACGCCGACUGUCUGCAGCGUGCCGCGGAGAAGAGCUCUAAGCACGGAGCUGAGGACAAGACUCAGAAUAUCAUCAUGGCCAUGAAGGACAGGAUGAAGAUCCGGGAGAGGAACAAGCCGGAAAUCUUCGAACUCAUCAGGGAAGUGUUUGUCAUCAGCAAAGCCAUCCACGCACAGCAGAUGAAGACCAUCAAACAGAGCGUUCUGGACGGGACCUCCAAGUGGUCGGCCAAGAUCACCAUCACAGUUGUUUGUGCACAAGGACUUCAGGCGAAGGACAAGACGGGAUCCAGCGAUCCGUACGUCACAGUUCAGGUGGGAAAGACCAAGAAAAGAACCAAGACCAUUUAUGGAAACCUCAAUCCUGUCUGGGAGGAGAAGUACCACUUUGAGUGCCACAACUCGUCAGACCGAAUCAAAGUGCGCGUGUGGGACGAGGAUGACGACAUCAAGUCCAGGGUGAAGCAGCGUCUCAAGAGGGAAUCUGAUGAUUUCCUCGGCCAGAGUAUCAUUGAAGUUCGAACGCUGAGCGGAGAAAUGGACGUCUGGUACAACCUGGAGAAGAGGACGGACAAGUCGGCGGUGUCGGGUGCCAUUCGCCUGCAGAUCAACGUGGAGAUUAAGGGAGAGGAGAAAGUGGCUCCGUAUCAUGUGCAGUACACGUGUUUGCAUGAGAACCUGUUCCACCAUUCGAAUGACAUGCUCGGCCAAGGGGUGGUGAAAAUCCCAGACCCCCGUGGAGACGACGCCUGGAAAGUCUACUUCGACGACGUGGCUCAGGAGAUAGUGGACGAGUUUGCCAUGCGCUACGGGAUCGAGUCCAUCUACCAAGCCAUGACUCACUUUGCCUGUCUGUCAUCCAAGUACAUGUGUCCCGGGGUUCCUGCGGUGAUGAGCACCCUGCUGGCCAAUAUCAAUGCUUUCUACGCCCACACCACCGCCUCCACCAAUGUGUCCGCCUCCGACCGCUUCGCUGCCUCCAAUUUUGGGAAAGAACGCUUUGUCAAGCUCUUGGACCAGUUGCACAACUCACUGCGCAUUGACCUCUCGACAUACAGGAACCACUUCCCUGCCAGCAACAAGGAUCGCCUGCAGGACCUAAAAUCCACCGUGGAUCUUCUAACCAGCAUCACCUUCUUCAGGAUGAAGGUCCAGGAGCUUCAGUCUCCGCCCAGAGCCAGCCAGGUGGUGAGGGACUGUGUCAAGGCCUGUCUCAACUCCACGUUCGACUACAUCUUCAAUAACUGCCACGAGCUGUACAACAGACAGUAUCAACCUGCAGACACGAACAAGGAGGACGUCCCUCUGGAGGAGCAGGGUCCGAGUGUCAAGAACUUGGACUUCUGGCCCAAACUCAUCAUGCUCAUCGUCUCCAUCAUUGAAGAGGACAGGAACUCCUACACACCCGUGCUCAACCAGUUCCCUCAAGAGCUGAGUGUAGGGAAGGUGUCAGCAGAGGUCAUGUGGACAUUGUUUGCUCAAGACAUGAAGUAUGCUAUGGAAGAGCACGAGAAGCACCGGCUGUGUAAGAGCACCGACUACAUGAACCUGCACUUCAAGGUCAAGUGGCUCUACAAUGAAUAUGUCAAGGAGCUGCCGAGCGUCAAGGACGUCGUCCCCGACUACCCGUCAUGGUUCGUACAGUUUGUGCUGCAGUGGUUGGCGGAAAAUGAGGACGUAUCUGUUGAGUUCAUGCACGGAGCCCUGGAGAGAGACAAGAAAGACGGAUUCCAGCAGACGUCUGAGCACGCUCUGUUCUCCUGCUCCGUCGUGGACAUCUUCACGCAGCUCAACCAGAGUUUUGAGAUCAUCAAGAAGCUGGAAUGUCCCGACCCGAGCGUCAUGGCUCAGUACAGCCGCCGCUUCUCCAAGACAAUUUCCAAAGUUCUCCUGCUGUACAGCGCCAUUCUGACCAAGAACUUCCCUUCUUAUAUUGACAAGGAGAAGAUUCCGUGCGUCCUGCUGAAUAAUGUGCAGCAGUUGAGAAUCCAGCUGGAGAAGAUGUUUGAGUCGAUGGGGGCCAAACAGACUGCAACAGAGGAAGCGCAGCUAAAUGGAGUGAUUGAAGAAGAAGAGAAGAAGGAGGAGGAGGAGGAGGAGGCAGUAGAUGAAGAGAAACAGGUUAUUACCGAUGAAGAGGAGGCAAAGGCUCUGACGCCCGCACCGGUAGAGAAGACUGGAAACGCAUUUGAAGAGAAGAAGUUGGAGGCUGCUGGGAAAAAGUUGGACGCUGAGGCCAGCGACCUCCUGAACGACCUGCAGGUGAAGCUGAACAACGUGCUGGACGAGCUCAGCAGCACAUUUGGGAACAGCUUCCAGAGCCGGAUCACCGAGUGCAUGCGACAGAUGGCGUCGCUGCUGUACCAGAUCAAGGGGCCGCUCAACGCCAGCAACAAGAACCAGGUGGAGGGCGACUCUGACAACAUGCUGAGGCCACUCAUGGACUUCCUGGAUGGAAGGCUGACCCUUUUCGCCACAGUUUGUGAGAAGACCGUCCUGAAACGUGUGCUGAAGGAGCUCUGGAGGAUCGUGAUGAGCAGCCUGGAGAAGACCAUUGUUCUGCCGCAGGGCAGCGAUACCUUUGGAGCGCAGAUCCUCUCGGCGGCCAAAGAGCUCGGUCAGCUCUCCAAACUCAAGGAUCACAUGGCGGGCGAGGCUAAGAGCUUGUCUCCCAGGCAGUGUGCUGUCAUGGACGUGGCACUGGACACGAUCAAGCAAUACUUCCACGCGGGCGGCAACGGUCUGAAGAAGGCGUUCCUAGAGAAGAGUCCCGAGCUGUCCUCGCUCCGCCACGCGCUGUCGCUCUACACGCAGACAACAGACACACUCAUCAAGACCUUUGUCACCUCCCAGCACGCACAAGUGCACAAUGGGAAGGGUAUUAGGUUAACACCCAAUGAAAAAAUUCAGCCCAGCAGGGGUUCCGGCGUGGACAAGCCCAUUGGCGAGGUGUCCGUCCAGAUCGAGCUGUACACUCAUCCCGGGAACGGCGAGCGAAAGGUCACCGUCAAAGUCAUGGGGGCCGGCGAUUUAAAAUGGCAGACGUCCGGCAUGUUCCGGCCCUUCGUGGAGACCACCAUGAUCGGGCCUCAGCUCAGCGACAAGAAACGCAAGUUCCAGACCAAGUCCAAGAACAACAGCUGGUCUCCAAAGUUCAACGAGACCUUCAACUUUGCUCUGGGUAACCAGGAAGGCUUCGAGUGCUACGAGCUGCAGGUCUGCGUCAAAGACUACUGCUUCGGCCGCGCCGACCGGGUGGUGGGCCUGGCCGUCCUUCAGCUGAGGGACAUCAUGGAGAAGGGCAACUGCGCCUGCUGGUGUCCGCUGGGCCAGCGCAUCCACAUGGACGACACCGGCCUCACCGCCAUGCGCAUCCUCUCGCAGCGCUCCAACGACGACGUGGCCAAGGAGUUCGUGAGGCUGAAAUCGGAAACGCGAUCGGCCGAGGAGGGCAGAUGAGAGGAGGAGGGCUGGAGACGGAGGGAGAGAGAGAGAGGAAGGAAGGAGGGACUCAGAAUUUCAGAAUAAGAGACGCAUCCAGGGAAUCAUUUUCCUGCGUCCGACGCCUCGUUUACACUCGGACAAACACUCUCAAACAUUAGUGACAGAGCUCGACCACACGGACACGGGUUCGUUCAACCUUCACACUGACCAGCUGAUCCACCAGGAAGUGACCACUCCACCCACUUCUUUUAACCCC